GCGCUAGGCUCCGUGGCUCUAUGGGGAAAGCGGCCGCUCUGAGCCGAGGCGGUGGCUGCGGCGGCCGGUCCCGCGGGCUCUCGUCGCUGUUCACGGUUGUACCCUGCCUGUCCUGCCACACGGCGACGCCAGGCAUGAGCUCUUCCACGCCCGGUUCCGGCCCGGAGCCCAAGCCCCAGCCCCAGCCAGUGCGGCCACCUGAGCGGGAGUUGCUGUCACAACAGGUGUGGAAGCCAGUUUUCGAGCCGCUGCCGAGAUCCGAACCCGGGUCGCAAACGAAGUCUGUGCCAAGGACAGGGGCUGGGCAGAGAUCGGAACUCCAGGGGUCGCUCCUGGGGUCAGAGGCGGGCCCAAGUGUAGGGGCUACACUCUUCAGCUAUGCCAUACCUGAGCAGCCGAUCCCCUUGGGGUCCAUAGUGCCUCUGGUCAAGCCUGAGUCCAGGUCGGUGCCAAAGCCCCCGUCCCUUCCGCGAUCGGGACAGGCGAAGACGUCGUCUCCUGGCGGUCUAGCAUCAGGGACUGGCACGAGCUCCGCUGAACCGAUGGUCUCACUGCCUCUGGAUAGCCACAAGGGCUGGCUCCUCAAGUGGACUAACUACCUGAAGGGCUACCAGCGCCGCUGGUUCGUGCUCGGCAAUGGCCUGCUGUCCUACUACAGAAACCAGGGUGAAAUGGCCCACACCUGCCGUGGAACCAUCAACCUGGCCACUGCACACAUUGACACGGAGGACUCUUGUGGAAUCUUGCUGUUCAGCGGGGCAAGGACCUACCACCUCAAGGCUGGCUCAGAGGUGGACCGACAGCAAUGGAUCACCGUUCUGGAGCUGGCCAAGGCCAAGGCUGUCCGUGUGAUGAAAACUGAGUCAGAUGACUCUGGGGACGACGACGAAGAGUCUGCUGCCCCAGCUGACAAGAGCGAGCUCCACCACACCCUUAAGAACCUCUCCUUGAAGUUGGAUGAUCUCAGCACAUGCAAUGACCUUAUUGCCAAGCAUGGCGCUGCACUCCAGCGUUCCCUGAAUGAGCUGGACAGCCUCAAGAUCCCAUCUGAGAGUGGGGAGAAGCUGAAGGUGGUGAAUGAGCGAGCCACCCUUUUCCGAAUCACAUCAAAUGCUAUGAUCAAUGCCUGCAAGGAUUUUCUGGAACUAGCCGAGAUUCACAGCCGGAAAUGGCAGCGGGCACUGCAGUAUGAGCAGGAGCAGCGUGUCCAUCUGGAGGAAACCAUUGAGCAGCUGGCCAAGCAACACAACAGCCUCGAGAGAGCCUUCCACAACACCCCUGGCCGGCCAACAGACCCCAGCAAGAGCUUCAGCGAGGGAAGCUUCUUGACUUCCAAAGGAGAGGACAGUGAGGAAGAUGAAGAUACCGAGUACUUUGAUGCAAUGGAAGACGCUACAUCCUUUAUCACCGUGAUCACUGAGGCCAAGGAAGACAGGAAAGCCGAGGGUGGAACUGGGCCAAGCGCUGUGGACUGGACCUCAGCAGACAAUGUGUUAGAUGGUGCCUCACUCAUGCCCAAGGAUUCAUGCAAAAUCAAGAGGCGUGUCCGUAUCCCAGACAAGCCCAACUACAGCCUUAACCUCUGGAGCAUCAUGAAGAACUGCAUCGGCCGUGAGCUCUCCCGGAUCCCCAUGCCGGUGAAUUUCAAUGAGCCCUUGUCCAUGCUCCAGCGGCUUACAGAGGACCUGGAGUACCACCACCUGCUGGACAAGGCAGUGAACUGCGCCAGCUCCGUGGAGCAGAUGUGCCUGGUCGCCGCCUUCUCUGUGUCUUCCUAUUCCACCACCGUGCACCGCAUUGCCAAGCCCUUCAACCCCAUGCUGGGGGAGACCUUCGAGCUAGACCGCCUUGAGGACAUGGGCCUACGUUCCCUCUGUGAGCAGGUGAGUCACCACCCACCCUCUGCUGCCCAUCACGUGUUCUCUAAGCGUGGCUGGAGCCUCUGGCAGGAAAUCACCAUCGCCAGCAAGUUCCGGGGGAAAUACAUCUCCAUCAUGCCACUCGGUGCAAUCCACCUAGAAUUCCAGGGCAGUGGCAAUCACUACGUCUGGAGGAAGAGCACCUCAACUGUGCACAACAUCAUCGUGGGCAAGCUCUGGAUUGAUCAGUCAGGGGACAUUGAGAUUGUGAACCAUAAAACCAAGGACAGGUGCCAGCUAAAGUUCGUGCCCUACAGCUACUUCUCCAAAGAGGCAGCCCGAAAGGUGACUGGAGUGGUGAGUGACAACCAGGGCAAGGCCCACUAUGUGCUGUCAGGGUCAUGGGAUGAGCAGAUGGAGUGUUCUAAGAUUGUGCAGAGCAGCCCCAGCAGCCCCAGUUCUGAUGGGAAACAGAAGACUGUGUACCAGACGCUGCCGGCCAAGCUGCUGUGGAAGAAGUACCCACUGCCGGAAAACGCGGAGAACAUGUAUUAUUUCUCGGAGCUGGCCCUGACCCUCAACGAACAGGAGGAGGGCGUGGCCCCCACCGACAGCCGCCUGAGGCCGGACCAGCGGCUGAUGGAGAAGGGGCACUGGGAUGAGGCCAACACCGAGAAGCAGCGGCUGGAGGAGAAGCAGCGCUUGUCUCGGCGGCGGCGGCUGGAGUCCUGCGCAGCAGGCUGCGGCGGUGAGGAAGAGAAGGAGUCAGAUGACUAUGCGCCCCUGUGGUUCGAGAAGAAGUUGGACCCGCUGACCGGGGAGAUGGCCUGUAUGUACAAGGGUGGCUACUGGGAGGCCAAGGAGAAGAACGACUGGCACAUGUGCCCCAAUAUCUUCUGAUCACCACCCCUGCAGCAAAUACAGGCGCCUGCACAGCCAGGUCAACUUUUUCUUUAAUGCACUCAAUUUAGAACUGAAUGGCACAUGCAGUCUCUCUCUCUCUCUCUCUCUCUCUCUCUCUCUCUCUCUCUCUCUUUCCUAAAAGGGGACAAGGAUUGACCCGGGUUCUCUCCAGUCUCCCAGGUGCACCGGGUCACAUGUGUCCCUUUACCAUGGAUGGACUUGGGCCCCAUGGGCACCCCAGCUCCCAGUUACCACAACUCAGGCCGGCUGGCCGGGCCACGGGCUGCCCAGGUCAUUAGCCCCAACCCAAGGAGGAAUUAGUCCCUCCUAGGGAGCCUCUUUUGACUUUUUUAGAACAAACCCUCCACUUUCCAGCCAUGAGGUUUAGUACAUAUUUUUAGUAUAUCACUUAGAAGACAGCUUUCCAAUUGUACUUUCUUGCCACAAAAUUGUCCUGGCAAUAACCCCUUUUUUAAAGACAUCAGGAAGCCAGACCACUUUGAGUUGGGAGCAUUUUGUAGCUAACAUAGCGAGGUCCUUUUGUAUCUGGGGCUGCCCAACCCCCCUAAGCUCUAAACGCCCACAGAGACAGGAGGAGGACUGCCCUUGAGCUGAACAGCACAUGGUCUCUCUCUGGAGGGGCCACCAAUAAGCGGGGGCAGGGAGGCAGUUGGAGAUAAACCUAUUCCAGCUAAGGGCAACAGCCUCCUGCCUAGCCUUGGCUGUGCUGGGACAGCACCCCAGCCCCAAAGAGGCCAAGUAGGACUAGAAGGCAGGACCUAUGCGUGUCCUGCCCAAGAACCAGGCCCCAAAUCAGCAAUAACGAAUAAAUCCUUCACUCAGCUUGGGCUGGUGACCCAGGCUCCAACACCUGGCCUCCCCGGCAUCAGGGGAUGCUUCAUCUCAGCACUCUUGAAAUUUUUAUUUGCCUAAUUUAUAUAUAAUAUAUAAAUAUAUAUAAAAUAGCUAUUUUGCUUAAAUUUCUAUGGUAUGUGAAAGUGAAAAAUGAUGAAGACAGGGUGUGCCUGUCUGAGUUUGGUCUCUUGACAGCUGUGCCCAGCCGUCUCAUCAUACCCCUUCCGGUGGCUUCUGCCAAGCUUUGGGAGACUGAACCAAGUGGCCACAAUCUAGCCCUCAGAACCUCCAACUCCAAUCCUCCUCACUUCAGUUUGGCCCUGAACAUUCAUUGCAGGGCUUUUCUUUCUACUCCAGGACUGGUUUUUGUUUUGGGUUUUUUUUUUUUAAAGUAAAAACACCAAGUAUGAAAUGCCUUACAAUACCCACUCCAGAGAUGUGGGGCAGGAUGGGAGGGGACACUGGUCUCCCCUCAGAGCUGUAGAAUGUACUUCUUCCCAACAGUCUGUGACCAUAAUAAUUAAAAAAAAAUUAAAAAAACAAACAAACUUGAUUUUGGAGUUUUCCACUGCCCUGUUCCAGAAUGUCUGUGGCUGGAUGGAGGAGGGCUGAUGAAAAUUACAACCAUGGGGGGUAGGGGAGGGAUAAUUCUACUAAUGCUCAAAUAGCAAAAGGUGUGUCUGGAAGGGGUGGAAAGGGACCUGAUAGAGUGUGGUCUAUGCCAGGAAGAGGGCUCAAUGGAUAGAGGAGUGCCAGCACUUACCCAGGAGAGGGGGCCACAGUCUGCUAGGGGGCUACGCUGAUAACACAGCUCUGGGGCAUACCUGAACCCAGAUCUGCCCCCCAUCCAAGGGGUAGUGCUGUACCACCCAGAAGCUACCAGCAGCAUCCUCCUAUCACCAAGUUCCUAGAACUCUCUAGGUAGAAGCACCCUGGCAGAGGC